AUGUUUAUAAUGCGGCUACGAGAACUAGCAAUAAUAUCCCAGGGCACUAGGCUCACCGAUAAUUCGUUGCCCGCCAGCGUGCCCACUGGCGGCCUACCGAGCAGCGUCCGGCCUCGAAACCCAAACCAGAAGGCCACCUGGAACGAGCUUCCGGUGGAGGUGCUCAAGAUCAUAUGCCAGCAUCUUGACCCGGCAACACUUCUGGCAGCGCGCAGAGUCGCCGUCGCGAUGAAGGAUGCCUGCAGCUCCGGCGCCAUGCAGCUCCGCUUUACCCUCCCGAUGCAAAGCAGCCAAUGGGUACCUGCACAACUCGAGGCGUGGGAACGGCGCGUCAACUGCAUUGCCGGUCUCCUAAGCAGCGGCAAGAUGGUCUCACACGAGAUGCAGCUUAGGAUGGAAGGCGCCGCAACCUGGAAGGGGGAGGAGAACAUGCCCCCAGCUCAGGUUCAAAACGCGGUACAGCGCCUCUCUCCACUCCUGCAGUCGCUGCGCAAGCUGGGCCACCAAACGGUGACGCCUAUUACCCACUUGGACGUUGAACUGCCGAUUACCACCGAGAUAAUCGGGAUUCUUAACGUCGCGUUCCCCGACGUUACCUCGCUUCGCUUGGACUGCUCGAUACCGCCCCCACACAACCACGCCCUUGUCCUAGCGGAAUCUCACGCCUUCACCAACGUCUGCAAGCUGGAUAUCGGCCUAACGUCCUGGGAUCAAAUCCAGUACUUGGCCAGCUUGCAGCAGCUGACAGAGCUCCGUGUGCGGUACUGCUUGUGGAACAUUCCAGAGCUGACGCCCUUGGCUGGUCUUCAAAACCUCACCACCUUUGGCAUCGAGGUGCAGGACGACCGGGCUCGCUUCCAGCUGGACUUCUUGGGCCCGUUGGUCCGCGGCGCACCUCGCCUACGCCACCUGCGCGCCGCCAUAAUCCUCUCGCGCACCGUCGUGAGCGAGAGUGGCCCCGCCAGCUGCGACUUUUUGGCAGGCUGCGGGUUGGAGACCUUGGACCUGGACGUGCGGGUGCCCGAGGAUGCCGCGCGGACCGCACACGCGCACUUCCGCAAUCUGCACCUGGCACCACAGGGCUGCAAGGUGUACUUGACAAUUCGUGCGGAUGCACUCACACGGGAGACGUCCUUUGAGUCUGCUGCUACACGAGGCGCCAAUAUGUCCAUGCCGCGGCUGGGCGUGGCACAUCCAUCGCCGCCCGAUCCACGCGAGCGCUGGGGCGCGCUGAACAUGUCGGACCUAGGUGGUCAUGCCAGGGACCCGUUGACGCUGCUGCACCUGCGCGGCUACCACACGGCACUGUCGACGCUGCCCGACCUCAGCGCGGCGUGGCUGAUGCGGCUCCAGAUUAGCAACGCCCGGCUUAGCCCUGCGGACUUCGCCGUCCUAGCCACCUGCACAUCCCUGGAGCACCUCUUCGUGCGCUUCAUGUACCAGCCGGACGCUCCGGGGUCUAACACCUCAACGACUGAACCCGUGCACAACUUAAGCUACUUGGGUUCCCUGUCCUUUACGCGUGGCUGGGGCGACUGCAUCCGACCCCGUGAGCUGCAGUCCUCGCUCCGUCUAGUGGCGCACGCCUCCCACGGGAUGGUCACGCGUUCACGCAAGUCGCUUCAGGGCUCAGGCCGGCGCAGCACGGGUAGCACAGCAGCCGCGGCAGUCCCCCUCCAACCGGACUGCACAAGCCAGGCCGCUCCUUACGUCCUGCGGCCGCUGCUGCAGCUUCAAAAUCUCCGUAGCUUGGAGCUGCUGGAGGAGCCCCAAUCGCCAGUGGGGCCGCCCCCUCGGUUAAGCGCUGUUGGAGCGGGCAGCAGCGGCCCUGCCAUGCCCGCAGCCGCAGUCUCGGCCCCAGCCGGGGCGUCAGCCAAGCGCACGCGACGCGGCGCGGCUGUGAAAUCAAAUGCUGCGGCAGGGCCUUCUGCAGCCACAUCUGCAGCCGCACAGGCUGGGCCACCGCAACCUGCGCAUACGCCACAGACAGAACCGACGCCGACAUUGUUGCCGCUGAGCAGGUCGGGGCUAGACCACUUUCUUCUGCACUUGUCGUGUCUGGAUCACUUGAAGGCCUUGUCGCUUCACUUCCUCACGGAGGACGUGGACCUGCCGGACUGCCCCUGCCGAACGUCCUGCUUUGUGCCGGGCACACGCGGCAAGGAGCCUCCGCAGCCCAUUGAUAGCGAGUACGUGUGCAAACGGCUCAGGAUGAUGGAUCCCGAGUGUUACAGGUUCGUCCUAGGCAGCCUGGUGGUGCAGAGCCCCAUUUGGUACAGGCCCAGUGCGUGGCCGGCGCUCGAGAGCUGA